UGCACCACCACAGUAAACCAUGUCUCAGGCAGUUCACUAGUUUGUUUAUGAGGUCACAGUUAAAACCUUAAUAGCUGGUGGUAAAAUAUGCCACAGGAAGGCAGGAAUUCUCUGAAUUAGGAGCAUUAGCUUGCCGAGUUCAGGCUGUGUGUUUUGGUUCUGCAGCAGUACAUAUCCUUUUGCAAAUGACCCACCUAAAUGUCAUUCGCAGAUCACUGCUUUCAUCCAGAUGGGCAGGGUGUCAAGGGUCUUGUACGAGGAGAUUGCUAUUAAUAUCGAGUAAUGGACGUAAUCUCUGGGAAACAUUAUCCGCUUAUGUGUUUUGACUGCGGUUGGACUGCGAGCUGUUGCCUGGUCACUCCUUUUUCACGAGAAAUAAAGUGACUGAGUUUCAGUUUCUUUCUUGGUUUCGUUUUCCCAAAUUUAUACGGCAUUGAAACUAAACCUGACGGGAAUCCUCGAUCUGCCUCUGCUCAGGACUCGCUAGUACAAUCACAGUCAGUGUACUGCAGUACAGUGCAAUGCUCGCUCCCCUGUUGCUGAGAACCGCCCUGUGGUAAACAGUAUGAGCUCCCUCCCUGCAUAUUCUGGAGCCAGGAUAUCGGGAUGUUGGUCGCUGAGAUCAGACGGGAGUGGCAGCAGUGACGAGGCAUUGGACCGAUUAAUACCUCCUGUCACCAGCAGUUUGUCGUCACGUAAACGAACCACAAGCCAAUGCAUCUCUGAGCCACCGCUCUUGAGGACGAACAAGCGGACGAUAUACACCGCAGGGCGACCCCCGUGGUAUAACGAGCAUGGAACGCAGUCCAAAGAAGCCUUUGUUAUCGGAUUGUGUGGUGGGAGCGCUUCCGGGAAAACGACGGUGGCCAGAAAAAUAAUAGAAGCGCUGGACGUGCCCUGGGUCGUGCUGCUCUCUGUUGACUCCUUUUACAAGGUUCUGACUAAAGCACAACAAGAGCGAGCUGCCCACAAUGAAUAUAACUUUGACCAUCCUGACGCUUUUGAUUUUGACCUCAUCGUGUCCACUCUCCGAAAACUGAAGCAAGGAAAAAGUGUGAAGAUCCCGGUGUAUGACUUCACAUCACAUUCCCGGAAGAAGGACUGGAAAAUAUUAUAUGGAGCCAGUGUGAUCAUUUUUGAAGGUAUAUUGGCCUUUGCUGAUAAAGAGGUAUUGAAGCUCCUGGACAUGAAGAUCUUCGUGGACACGGACUCUGAUAUCCGGCUGGUCCGCCGCCUACGGAGAGACAUCGCCGAGCGUGGGCGGGAAAUCGAGGGGGUUAUCAAACAGUACAACAAGUUUGUUAAGCCGUCCUUUGACCAGUUCAUCGAGCCCACGAUGCGACUCGCUGACAUCGUGGUUCCACGAGGUGGCGGGAACAUGGUCGCUAUCGACUUGAUUGUCCAACACGUUCACAGCCAGCUGGAAGAGAGAAAACUGCGGUGGGAUAUGGCCACUUUGGCAUCAGCUCACCAGGCGCAACCUCUGCCAGAGACGCUGAGUGUGUUGGAGAGCACUCCGCAAGUUCAGGGGAUGCACACGUUCAUCAGAAACAAAGACACUUGUCGAGAUGAGUUCAUAUUCUAUUCCAAGAGAUUGAUGAGACUGUUAAUCGAGUACGCACUGUCACUGCUUUUUCUACAGACAUGCACAGUUCAAACUCUGCAAGGCCAGGACUAUGAGGGGAGAAGGUUCGACGGAACAAGAAUAACAGGCGUGUCCAUUCUAAGAGCGGGGGAGACAAUGGAGCCGGCCUUACGCGCGGUGUGCAAAGACGUGCGAGUGGGCAAAAUCCUCAUCCAGACUAACCACACCACCGGAGAGCCAGAGCUUCAUUACUUAAGACUGCCGAAGGACAUCAGUGAAGAUCAUGUCAUUUUAAUGGACUGCACAGUGUCAACAGGAGCCGCAGCUUUGAUGGCAAUCAGAGUCUUAUUAGAUCACGAUGUCCAAGAGGAGAAGAUCUUCCUGAUCUGCCUGCUGAUGGCAGAGAUGGGUGUUCACUCAGUCGCAUACGCCUUCCCCCAAGUGAAAAUCAUCACCACUGCAGUGGACAAAAAAGUCAAUGAUCUGUUCCACAUCAUCCCUGGCAUUGGUAACUUCGGAGAUCGUUACUUUGGGACGGACGCGCCCACUGAUUGGUGUGAAGACGACGAUGGCGUUGCAAUGUGAUGCGCGUCCGUGUGUGAUUCUUGCACCAUAGUAUUCAAGCCCCUUGUGGAUUAAUAGAUGAACGGUUUAAGUUUCAGACACGCUGCCUGGAUUUUAGUUGUAAUGGUCAGCUCCUCCUCGUUAGAUCAAACAAACACUAUCCUGUGGCUUUGGAGUUGGCUCGAAAUACCUCAACUCAAAAUGCUGCCCUUUCUCCAGCCUGUUAGUUCAUUUAACAUCCAAAGAACAACGGUAGAUAUAAAAGAUAUAUCACCUGCUAAUCGGCUGACAUCAUCCUGCAAUGAAUAAAUAGUUGAUUUACAAAAUUACAGAUUAUUUUUUAAAGGGAAGAAUUUACGUUAUCUUGCAGGGUUGGAAAAUAAUGCCACCAUUUAUUUCAACAAAAAAAUUGUGGAAGAUUCUUAUUUUUAUUGUUACAUUUUAGAUAAUAUAAUAUUUUAAAUUGAAAACAAAUGAAUGUAAGAUUUCUCAAAAGAUACUCAAGCACUCUACAAUUGUUUAAACCUCUUUGGAAUAGGCGUGGGAUUUGCAGCAAGUUUAAUGUUGGUACAUUAUUAACGGGAGCUUAAGUUAUAGACUGUUAUUGACAUUUAUCACGAUGACUGCGUUACUUUUGGAGAUUGUAACUGAGCACUUUAGAAACCCAAAUGUGUGAUUUAUCAUUCCUAUAUAGAAGAUCGGUGUGGAUUUAAAUGCAUUGUAAACUAGCUACAAGGAUUAGCAGCACCCUGACCCACAACAAAUUAAGUGUAGGAAUUCAGAGCACUGUGAAGAGGUUUACUGCACAGGGAGAGAUCAUUUAAUCCGCUGCCUUGGCCAGAUAUUAGCUGGCUACAAUCCCGCACUGUAUCGUUUAUCAAUGAGAACCUCUUGUAUUUUAAAAUAAAAAGCUUUAUAUUUUG